AUGUCUCGGAGGUCAGCACCCCCCUCCCCCAUCUAUCAGCACCUCUCGUUCCCCUCUAUCGGCACAUCGUUCCCCUCUAUCAGCACCUCUAGUUCCCCUCUAUCAGCACCUCUCGUUCCCCUCUAUCAGCACCUCACUUACCCCUCUCUCAGCACCUCCACUCCGACACUCACUGCACUACCAUCCCCCCUCUGUCCUCUCAACCUUCCCCCUGUCACUGUACCUCCCUUCUCCCUCUGUCCUCACCUCCCUUCCCACUAUGACACACCUCUGUUCCCCUCUCACAUCACCUCUUCCCCCCCUGCCAGCGUCACCACUAACCCUCUACCCCGCGUGCCUCAACUCCUUUCCUCUUUAUUCGUGCACUUAUCUUGCCCCUCUGACCGCACCGCACCCCCCUUCCAACUCACCCAUCACCUCCUAACCCACUGCCCGCACCCUCUUUUCCCUCUCCACGCACCUUCAUUCCCCCCUUUUGACCUCACCUUCCUUUUCCCCUCCCCUGUUUGCCUACAUUCCCCAUAUGAAAUCAAGUCCUUUCCCCCUCCCUAUGCACUUAACUCUCCCCUCUCAAAUCACCUCUUUCCCCCUCUGACAGCACCUCUUGCCCCCCUCCCAACACCUUCUCUCCCGACCUCUGUCCUCUCCUCCUUCCCCCUCUCAGUGCACCUUCUCCCCACCUCUGUCCUCUCCUCCCUUCCCCCUCUCACAGCUCCUACCUUCCCCCACCCACAGCAUCUCCCUUCCCCCACCCACAGCAUCUCCCUUCCCCCUCUCACAGCUCCUCCCUUCCCCCUCUCACAGCUCCUCCCUUCCCCCACCCACAUCAUCUCCCUUCCCCCUAUCACAGCUCCUACCUUCCCCCACCCACAGCAUCUCCCUUCCCCCACCCACAGCAUCUCCCUUCCCCCUCUCACAGCUCCUCCCUUCCCCCUCUCACAGCUCCUCCCUUCCCCCACCCACAUCAUCUCCCUUCCCCCUAUCACAGCUCCUCCCUUCCCCCUCUCACAUCUCCUACCUUCCCCCACCCACAGCAUCUCCCUUCCCCCUAUCACAGCUCCUCCCUUCCCCCUAUCACAGCUCCUCCCUUCCCCCUCUCACAGCUCAUACCUUCCCCCACCCACAGCAUCUCCCUUCCCCCUAUCACAGCUCCUCCCUUCCCCCUCUCACAGCUCCUCCCUUCCCCCACCCACAGCAUCUCCCUUCCCCCUCUCACAGCUCCUCCCUUCCCCCACCCACAUCAUCUCCCUUCCCCCUCUCACAGCUCCUACCUUCCCCCUCUCACAGCUCCUCCCUUCCCCCACCCACAUCAUCUCCCUUCCCCCUAUCACAGCUCCUCCCUUCCCCCUCUCACAUCUCCUACCUUCCCCCACCCACAGCAUCUCCCUUCCCCCUAUCACAGCUCCUCCCUUCCCCAUCUCACAGCAUCUCCCUUCCCCCACCCACAGCAUCUCCCUUCCCCCUAUCACAGCUCCUCCCUUCCCCCUCUCACAGCUCCUCCCUUCCCCCACCCACAGCAUCUCCCUUCCCCCACCCACAGCAUCUCCCUUCCCCCUAUCACAGCUCCUCCCUUCCCCCACCCACAGCAUCUCCCUUCCCCCUCUCACAGCUCCUCCCUUCCCCCACCCACAUCAUCUCCCUUCCCCCUCUCACAGCUCCUCCCUUCCCCCUCUCACAGCUCCUCCCUUCCCCCACCCACAUCAUCUCCCUUCCCCCUAUCACAGCUCCUCCCUUCCCCCUCUCACAUCUCCUACCUUCCCCCACCCACAGCAUCUCCCUUCCCCCUAUCACAGCUCCUCCCUUCCUCCUCUCACAGCUCCUCCCUUCCCCCACCCACAGCAUCUCCCUUCCCCCACCCACAGCAUCUCCCUUCCCCCUCUCACAGCUCCUCCCUUCCCCAUCUCACAGCAUCUCCCUUCCCCCACCCACAGCAUCUCCCUUCCCCCUAUCACAGCUCCUCCCUUCCCCCUCUCACAGCUCCUCCCUUCCCCCACCCACAGCAUCUCCCUUCCCCCACCCACAGCUCCUCCCUUCCCCCUAUCACAGCUCCUCCCUUCCCCCUCUCACAGCUCCUCCCUUCCCCCACCCACAUCAUCUCCCUUCCCCCUCUCACAGCUCCUACCUUCCCCCUCUCACAGCUCCUCCCUUCCCCCACCCACAUCAUCUCCCUUCCCCCUAUCACAGCUCCUCCCUUCCCCCUCUCACAGCUCCUCCCUUCCCCCACCCACAUCAUCUCCCUUCCCCCUCUCACAGCUCCUCCCUUCCCCCUCUCACAGCUCCUACCUUCCCCCACCCACAGCAUCUCCCUUCCCCCACCCACAGCAUCUCCCUUCCCCCUAUCACAGCUCCUACCUUCCCCCUCUCACAGCUCCUCCCUUCCCCCACCCACAUCAUCUCCCUUCCCCCUCUCACAGCUCCUACCUUCCCCCUCUCACAGCUCCUCCCUUCCCCCACCCACAGCAUCUCCCUUCCCCCUCUCACAGCUCCUCCCUUCCCCCUCUCACAGCUCCUCCCUUCCCCCACCCACAUCAUCUCCCUUCCCCCUCUCACAGCUCCUCACUUCCCACACACAGCAUCUCCAUUCCCCAUAUCACAGCUCGUCCCUUCCCCCUCUCACAGCUCCUCCCUUCCCCCACCCACAGCAGCUCCCUUCCCCCUCUCGCACCUCCUACCUUCCCCCUCUCGCUGCUCGUUAUCUCGUUCCAUUGCACUCAGGGUGAGGGUGCGCGCGCCGCCAUGGCGGACAGCAUUUUGUUUGAAGACAUAUUCACGCUCACCGAGAUGGACGUCGGCGGCAAGAAGUUCGACAAAGGUUCGUUCGCUCUCUCGCUUCUCGUCCUGCUCGCUCUCUCGCUUCUCGUCCUGCGGGUUGCGCGUCUCGUGCCCUCGCGCGAGAGGUGGGUGGUGGAUAAGGGGGUGUUUAAGUGGGCGCCAGAUAAGUGGCUCCUUCACUCGCCUCCCAUGUCGCGCGUGGAGGCGCGCAGCGAGCAGUUUGACAUGGCGCUGUCGCUGGACGUGAACACGGAGGUGUACCCGCUGGCCGCGGGCGACAAGUUCACCCUCGCGCUCUCGCCCACGCUCAGCCUCGAAGGCGUCUCUGACGAAGGCGUGUACGACCAGGUGGGCCGUAGAUGGACGGGUGUGAAUCAAGUGGGCGGCAGACGGAGGGGUGUGCGACUAGCCUUUCAUCCUCCCCCCUCCUCUCCCCCCUCCUCUCCCCCCUCCUCUCCCCCCUCCUCUCCCCCCUCCUCUCCCCCUUCCUCUCCCCCCUCCUCUCCCCCCUCCUCUCCCCCCUCCUCUCCACCCUCCUCUCCCCCCUCCUCUCCCCCCUCCUCUCCCCCCUCCUCUCCCCCCUCCUCUCCCCCCUCCUCUCCCCCCUCCUCUCCCCCCUCCUCUCCCCCCUCCUCUCCCCCCUCCUCUCCCCCCUCCUCUCCCCCCUCCUCUCCCCCCUCCUCUCCACCCUCCUCUCCCCCCUCCUCUCCACCCUCCUCUCCCCCCUCCUCUCCACCCUCUUCUCCCCCCUCCUCUCCACCCUCCUCUCCCCCCUCUUCUCCCCCCUCUUCUCCCCCCUCUUCUCCCCCCUCUUCUCCACCGUCACUCAUGGACCGAUACGAGUACGUGAUGCUCGGCCAAAACCCCCUCCCCCCCCUCCUCCCCCUUUGUCCCCUCGCCCCCCCUUUUCCCCUCCACUGUGUGCCAUACCUGCAGUCGGGGAGGCGGUCACUGAUGGACCGCUACGAGUACGUGAUGUACGGCAAGCUCUACAAGUACAGCGACGCCACCGCCAGCGCCGCCGACGCGUGA